AUGUCUGAUAGAUCCCUGCAUGGCGGGCACACCACCAUACACAGCAACAGCGCAUACCAUGAUGCCGCCAAGGAAGAGCGCCAGCAUCAGGAGCAGCGGAAGUCUUGCAUGCGCGGCAGCCACGCCGCCGUCGAGCGGAUGACGGCAGUGCAAGUUGUCGACCGGCUGUGCUGGUGGCGUACCCAUCGUGUGCGUGAGCAGCCCAUCCCAGUCGAUCAUUUUGUGCUGCGCGGCAGCUAUGUCAACUACUCCUCGUUCGGCACGCGCCCCCUCGCUCCCGGUGUGACGCGACUGCUGCAGAAGGCACGCACGGUGCGGGAGCAGUACCUCCGCACGCAACAACAGCCACAACAGGAGGUACUACAGCAAAGCCGACAAGUCUCGCGUCUGCUAAUGACCCCCACAGUGGGGGCAUCCGUGCGCAGUGCUUCGAGUGAGCGUCUGGGCAGCGAUGCGAGGGAGACGGAGCGCACUACGGGUUGCAUUUCAGAAGAGGAGGAGGGCCAGUAUGGCGAGCGCCAGCAGCUGCAGCUCCGUGAGAUGAAUGAUGAUGCGAAGGAGAAGGUGAACAACAAGCGUCGAGCCGCUGUCAUCGCAUCCCGGCCGCGGUCGCCACGCCCCCUCAACGAGGAUGCCAUCGCCUGCUUCGGGGAGCCGGCGGGGCAGCGGGAUUCGGCCACUGCUAAUAUUGCCCGCACCUCGGUCUCGGCGUCAGGUUCAGCCGGCACCUCCCGACCUCUCGUCAGAGCAGCUUCUGGGUCUGCUCAGGGUCUCGAUACGCUUUCGGGUGCGUUGUAUGUUCCCUCGGAGCAGGAGGCGCGCGCUGCGGAGCGACUGCUCAUGCUGUUCCGGCCGCGCGCCGCCUCGGCACCGCUGCGAUCACGUCGGUAUCGGUAUACCGCAGGACAUCUUGAUGUCAAGUCCAGUGAAUUCAGCGGUGAGCCCCCUCUUCAGCGUGAUUGGCGACCCGUGGAGGCCAUUGGGCUGCACCAUGAGCACAUGACACCCGUUUCCGCCUCUGACGAGAUAACAGAUGUUUGCCGCGCCCCCGGCGCAGCCGAAGCCGUGAUUGUCCUGCAUCACGCCCCGCGGCUCGUCUUGUACGAGAAGGGGUUGAACCCGAAGGCGGCACUGCGUGCCGCCCGCAUCUCGUCGGACACCCUCGAAAGUCUCGACGGUGCCGCGGCGGAGAGCUCGGCAGAGGUUUUCGCGCUGAGGAACUUGCCCUUGUGCGCGUUUGAGCGCUUCUUUUAUCAGCAGCAGCUCCGCGGGCUAGCGGAGACGAGGCGGAGCCAUACGCUGGGGAUGCGGUCAGCAUCGUCGACAGUGACAGCCGCCAGAGCGGAGAGCGCUGGCGGCCCUGAGAGCUACACGGCUUCCGCUCCGAAGGGUGCUGCUGCUGAUGCUGCUGCGGCGGCAGACACUUCCGUGGACGACGACAUCGUUGCGAACGGUGAUGACGCAUUCUUCUUCGGGUCGCCCUUGACGGCGACUUUAGCGUCUUCGCUGAAAACUGUUGUGCCGAUGUCGUCGGUUGGGGCAGCUGCGGUGCCCGGUGCACGUGGUCGAGAAGGACGAGACGCUGCGGCCCGGCAAGCUGUACAGUAUCGCGGCCGUGGUCGAGACGACCGCAGCAAUCGCAGGAGGGGAGGCCGGGCAGCGCUGCGUGCUGUCUCAGUGCCGACCCUGCCGCCAGUGUACAAGGACGGAUGCCCACAGAUGACUGUCGCUGCAUCGCAUCACCACCUCAGUUCCGGCGCGCGGCUGCAACAGCAACAGCAGAGCUCGAAUCGUCCCUCUCCAAUUCUCUCGGCGGGGCUGCGCUCCAGCAAGGCGCCGCAGGACGGUGCUCAUUUGUGCCUCCGUGUGGAUGACCUGCAGGAUGUGUACGUGUUCAACCCAGUUGUGGACAUAAUCGGCAAGGGUGCCUUCUCCAAGGUGUACGCGGCGGUUCCUAUUCUUCGCGGAAAAGAGGGACUCCGGCGCUUCGCCUCGCCGUUGCUGGACGGGCAGGCGGCCCCGUACGGCAGCGACGAGCUCAGUGGCGGUGGCCCACGGGAGAGGGUCAGGCGCGUUUCAAUGAUGAGGAAGGUGAGCCCAGUGCGCCGGAACUCGACCUCUCCCGCGCUGCGUAUGGAUCCUGCCGCCGGCGCGGCUGUCGGCGACGCGGCUGUGUCCCUGAGAGAUGAUGAUGAGACGGCAAGGCGCAGACCGCACACGCAGUCACUGGCGGUGUCUCCACACUCUAUUCCCGUUGUCGCACUCAAGGUGAUCCCGCGCAAGGCACGCCAGAAGCUGAAGGCGGUGCCUGAUCCGCCUGCCACCACGCACUCCACUGCUGCUGAUGCGGCCGGAAGCGUCGCUUCGAAUGCGCGACAAGCAGCGCAGAACGACCAAAACAGCGUGCGUCGCGAACUCGUCGAGAUCGAGCGCGAGGUCUCGAUCCUGCGCAGUCUUCAUCACACCGGUUGUUCGCAGUUCUUCGAGGCGAUCCGCACCCCAGACGCUUUCGUCAUCGCGAUGCGCAUCUUCCCUGGCAGCAUGGAUGCACAGCGCUACCUCUCCCGCUACGGGGUACCGUCAGAAGCGCGGGCGGCCCUGCUGCUCUUCCAGCUCGUCUCCACGGUGCAGUACCUGCACACCAACUUUGGACUCAUUCACCGCGACAUUAAGCUGGAGAACAUCCUCCUUUCCGAGGCUGGCGCCGGCGUUCCCGACGCGCGCAUCCGCGAGGCGCUUGGGCCGGCUUUGCACAAGUCCGACAUGUCAACCAUGAUGACCGAGGACGACGGUGGCCGAAAAGGCUGCGCCUCGACGACGACCGCCGCCGAAACCCGGACAGCAGUACAGCACCGCUAUUCGAUGCUGUCCCGCAACGUGGCACGGCUGCUGCGAGUGACCCUCAUCGACUUUGGACUCGCUCGCCGCACCCGUGCAAGCACCUUGUCACCGAUCGUUGCCGCGUCGCGCGGGCGCAGUGCAGGGGCGCGACACGGCAGCCUGAACACGACCAUCACGUCGCCAACUCACCUUGCCUCUUUUCCACCCACCAGUGCAUCCCUCGCUGCCGGCCACCCGCAAGCCCCCCACAACCCGAACAGCAGCAGCUACAGUGGCAGCCUCGGUUCGCCAGCGUCGCCCAGCGCGGGGUAUGCUGCCGGUGUAGUGACGCUCGCCCAUGGCGGCAACAGCUACACGCCGGCCAAACCGGCUCCACCGAGGCUGCCGCUGCUUUGUCGGCCACCCAGCGCGGCUGCCGGUGCUGGCACGGCACGCCUUGGGUUAAGUAAUGCGGGCAUCGGCGCCAUGGAACGGAGCGCGCCGCGUGUUGGUAUGCCUUCGCCGAUGCCGUCCACGGCAAACAUGUUCACCCGCUUCCUCGACCUCGAGGAGGAGAUGGACGAGGAGGAAAACGGCGGCGCAGCGGGCGCAUCGAACACGACCGCCAACACAACCACGAAAGCCGGUGACCUCGGUCGAAGUAGUCGACAGGAGAUGGCCGAGAACGAGGACAACAGCGGCGCCUUCAGCACCGACGUGAGCGCGUCGGAGACGGACUACGAGUCGGAAGGUGGCAGCACCGCUGAACCAAAGGAAGGGAGCGCACCGAACGGGGAGGAGCGCCGCGAAUCAGGACCGCAGCAGGAGCAUAUGGCGCGCAAUGCGCUCAUGUCUCCCAGCGUGCUGAGCGCACAGCCACAGACGCCACCGGGAUCAGCGAUAAUUGUGUCGCCUCCUCUGCCUCCGGCCCCGAUGCUCCUGUCCAGCACCACCGCUUUCGCCCUCGAUCACUUCAAUGCGGAAAACAGUAGCAGCGGCUGCAACACCAGCGGCCCCGCUGCGGGCGGUGCUGGCCUGCGCAACAGGUGUGCUAGCUGCAUCUACACCUUCCAUCAGCAGCUGUCACCGGCGCCUCCGGUCGUCGCGGCUGGUGUGAGCUCAGCGCCGGAUGACACCGAGGCAACACUGCUGCUCACUCCGUGCGGCACAGAGAAGUACCUCCCGCCCGAGGUGCUUUCUUGGAUCCUGGAGCACGGCUGGGAGCGGCGCUCGACGACGGUUGGUCUCGCCCGCGCCAUGGACCUGUAUGCGAUUGGCAUCGUUGCAUACGUGCUGCUCAGCGGCUGCUUUCCCUUCAACGCGUCCUCGCGGGCAACGCUGUUUCAGCAGCAGCAGCGGGUGCCGCGGUGCAACAGCGCUCGCUGGGCUGGCGUGAGCAGCGCGGCCAUCUCAUUUGUGCAGCAGCUGCUAGAGCCCGACCCGCGGAAGCGUAUGACGGCGAAGGAGGCUCUUGCGCAUCCGUUCCUGCAAGAGGCCCGUCAGUUCGCCGAGAAGCUGUCGCUCGUGCCGCACGGAGAGGGAGAGGAGGCGUCACACCCGUCGACUUGGCGGGACGGUAACCACAUGGACAACCACCACCGCUACAGCAGCGGCGGCACCGGCCGCCACUACGAAGAUGACGCCAACGCGCAUGCACGGUCGCACUGGGCUACGAGCACCACGGCACCGGCUAACUUGCCGCGCUCGGCGCCGUCGCCGACGCACCCCCACCACACGCACUCUGGUGCUGCGAUCGAGAGGGUGUCGACGCAGCCGAGUGGCAGCGUGAGCCUCGCCGUCUACGACUCUCAGCGCCCCCACGCAGGCGGCCCGUUUGAGCUGGCGGCAGCAGAUGAGCCAUCACCGCUGAGCAGCAGCAGCAGCAGCAGCGGUGCACACCACAGCGGCGAGCUGCUACGUCAUCACGUGGAGGGUGGCACUGCGCCAACUGCAACUAGGGCCAGCAGUGGAUGUCAUCUGUCCGACGCACCCCGCGUGUGCCGGAGCAGUGACGAGUGCGAGGAAGGUGAUGCGCGCGCCUCCGUUACAUGUGAUGUGCCUGGAAAGGUGCAGCCAAUGCUGCAGGCUUCCAAAGAGAGUCCAUACCCGACAAGACCAUCGGUGCCUGUCACGCCGACGUUGGCUAAACUGUGCACGGCAGCGCUGACAAGGGCAGCAGUGAUCGAGCUGCCCACCCUCUCCUCGUUGGCGGCGCAUCCAGUGAAACCCUCAGUGUCUUCUACUCUUUCUUUCACCGUGACGGGCACGGCAGCGUCCGCCGACGGCGGUCGGGCGGAGAGGGCGACACCGCCAGAGCCAGAAUCUGCCGCAGCAGGAUCAUCGGCACCAGCGCUGGCGCCGGGCAGUAAGGAUGCAGCAGCCGUAAAGCGGUCUAUUUCUCUUUUGCCGGCCGCUACGACUAGCACGGCAAGGGCCACGGAGGGUGGCGGAGACGACUUAUUCGAGUCUCUCUACAACAACAUCAUGUCCAGCGGCUGA